AGAAACAAGUUGCGUCAUUCAAAUAUCAGGUGGAGAAUUUGUUUUAACAUGGCAUCGAUUUGGUACUUAUCAGGUUUGGCUCUUAUUGUAGCAUUCAUGGGAUCCUGUGUUGAUGCAGAUUCAAACAUUAUGGAGGUGGAAUGGAAAGGCCAGAAUAUUCAGAUUUUUAACAGAUCUACGGCAUUCUUUGUUGAAUCCCAGGACUGUCUCCCAGGUUUCUACAAGGGUCUAUGGCAGAAUGAGAGUUGCUACAUGUUUGUAAUGAGUCCCAUGACUAGGACUGAAGCCAGUACAUUUUGCACUGAGGUAGCACUGGGGAAUGGUUUGGUAGCCGUAGAAACUGAGCUUGAUCAUAUGAGUAUUGUGGCUAAAAUUACGAACACCAUACGGAGAUAAUUACAAUUAUUGGACUUGUGCGGAAAACAUAAUAGAUGGCACUUGGCAUUGGGGCACCACACAAACGGCAAUGACCUAUACAAAGUUUUGGGAAGGAACUAAUCAAAAUACAAUUGGUUACAUGGCACUCUGGGAUGGUAGAUCAAGCGCCCCUUCACCUUAUUUUGAUUGGUUUAUCUGGUCCAGUACUACAACUACUGUCGAACGCUCCAUAUGUCAACAUUUCAUUUUAAAUAAAUAAUUUAUUAUUAGUUCAUGAAUCAUUAA